AUGAGUAAGCUUCAGAGCGAGGCCCUUAGGGAAGCCAUUUCGGUGAUUACAGCUGAAUGUAAGGAGAAGAAGAGAAAUUUCACUGAGACAAUAGAGCUCCAGAUUGGGCUCAAGAACUAUGACCCUCAGAAGGACAAGCGUUUCAGUGGUUCGGUGAAGUUGCCUCACAUCCCUCGACCGAAAAUGAAGAUCUGCAUGCUUGGGGAUGCCCAGCAUGUCGAAGAGGCAGAAAAGAUUGGGCUCGAGUCAAUGGAUGUUGAAGCUCUGAAGAAACUGAACAAAAACAAGAAGCUGGUGAAGAAGCUUGCUAAGAAGUAUCAUGCUUUCUUAGCCUCAGAAGCCGUUAUCAAGCAAAUUCCCCGUCUCUUGGGACCAGGUCUUAACAAGGCAGGCAAGUUCCCCACUCUUGUCACUCACCAGGAGUCACUUGAGUCGAAGGUGAACGAGACAAAGGCUAUGGUGAAGUUCCAGUUGAAGAAGGUGCUCUGCAUGGGCGUAGCUGUAGGAAACCUCGACAUGGAGGAGAAGCAGAUCUUCCAAAAUGUGCAAAUGAGCGUCAACUUCCUUGUUUCUCUGCUGAAAAAGAAUUGGCAGAAUGUGAGGUGCUUGUACUUGAAGAGCACAAUGGGAAAGCCACAGCGCAUCUUCUAA